AUGUUUUGUGGUUGUCUAAAUAUUAAAAAACGACAAAUUUGUUCAGAUGACAAUUUGUCUUAUGGAGAUGGAAAAAUAUCUAAUUCUUCUAAUCAUAAAUCAGAAUAUGUAAAUAGACUAACUCCUAAUUCCAAACAAAAUAAUAUGACCCAAAGUUCCAGCCGUGGAUUUUUCAGCUUUGCGAGACGCCGAAAGAAGACACGGAAGGGAGGGUCGAAAGAGGAAUUGAGGAUGUCGAAGCCGCUUUCUUCUUCAUUGAUAAAAGGCAGAAAAACUGGGCAGAAAAAAGUAUCUUUUUAUUUCCAAGAAAAUUAUGGCAAAAAUCAAUUUAUUGAGGAGAAUGCUGUCUCUUGCCGUGUGGAUGAACCUGAUGAUGAAUUGGACACUGAUGGGUACUCUAAAUUGGAAGGGGAGGAUAUACACUUUCGAGAACGAUAUGACUACCCAACAUUUUUGAGGAAUGGAAAUGGUGGUGGUGGUACAGAUGACCAUCUUUAUGCUAGUGCUUCACAGACAUAUUCUUUUUGGAGUGAGGACCCUUAUAGCUCAAUCAAAAGCGUAAUGGGGGAUCGGGCAUCGGGUGUUAAAGGCGAUGAAUCGAGCAUCUACGAGCCUGGUUAUUCAAAAAUUCGAAAAAUUCCAGUACAACAGAAGACAAAGUCGUUGAAUGUGGAUGAGCCGAAAAGUUCUUAUGACCUCUAUCCGAAGAUUAUUCACAAUCAACGUUCUAGAAAAGAUUUUAAACCAAAUAAUCUUCCAUCAACAUCAGUCGAAGCUUCUAAUAAUAAUUUGGACAAUUCUCAAAAAUUUUCUGUCGAUGGUAAAUCUUUGCUAGACAUUCAACAAGAUAGUGCCUCAGGGAGUCUGACAAGUGGAAGUCAGCCUUCCUAUCGAUAUCUGACGGUUCGUGAAAGUCCUCGGAUUGUUCGAGAACGGAUUCGACGCCGAGAAGAGGCUGCAGCUGCUGCAGCACUUCUUGCUGAAAACAACGAAAAUUCUGAAAGAAAUAUUGUUGAACGACGACCAGAACAUUAUUAUUCUGAAAUUAAUGAAUAUGAAUCUGUUGGGGGUGGAAGUUUAUACAAUAGGCCGAAUUCAACGGAACAACUUAACGAAGUUAAUGGACACUUAAGUACUUCACCUCCAAAUCAGAAUAAUCAAUUCAACAAAAAUUUGGGAACAUCAGAGAUGCUUUGUAUAGAUUUUGGUUUGAAUUCGUCUACAGAACCUCCACAUCCUCCAACUUCCCCAAUUCCAAAAACACUUCCAACAACUUCCUGCUCAUCAUCUACUGAACCACCUCAAUCACUUAUUUCAAAACCAUCAAUUCGUAGACCUGUUGUUUUGCGAAUGGCGCCACCUAAGCCAAUGAGUACUUUGACUGAGGAAUAUUCGAAAAAGUUGCCGUCAAACGGAAUUCUUUCUUCAAACAAUGAAUUUUCUAAACAUAUCCGUGCCGUUCUUCAACCAAUUUGGUCUAAUGGUGGAUCAUUUACUGGCGAAAAGAAACAACAAAAAGGAGGAGAAAUUUCCGGUCAAUCAUCAUUAACUACUUCAACAAGAGCUUCUUUAGUUGAAGUAAAUACACAAACUGCACCAAUUCCUCCAUCUCGUAUUCCGGUUCCUCUCAAUGGAAUGUUAACAAAGCAAAACUAUAACAUUACCCGUAGAACGCCUAGCCCGACUAGAGAUGUGUCUGUGCAAACAACGGGAAGUAAAGCAGAACAAAAGGGAUUAAAAGCAGUGAAAAAGAAUGUUAAAAAGCUUCCAUUGCCUCCCUUACCUGGACAAGUUGGAAAAGAUUAUGUUAGUCCAAUUGAUCUCGGUAAUGAACGUGCUUGGCCAUUAAAGACAAUAAAUCAGACGGAUGAAGGUGGAUAA